CGGCGGCGGAGGUGCCACCGGCCUCCUCCAUCGCCAUGGGAGCAGAGCAGAGCGCGGAGGCCGGCAGCCGCCCGGGCGAGCCCAGCGCCUCAGCAUCUCCGUCGCCGGCCAAGCAACGAGCAAAAAUGGAUGACAUCGUGGUGGUGGCCCCAGGAACACAGUCCUCCCGGAAUGUCAGCAACGAUCCAGAUGUCAUAAAACUGCAGGAAAUUCCAACUUUCCAGCCCCUUUUGAAAGGACUCCUCAGUGGGCAGACCUCUCCAACCAACACCAAACUGGAAAAGCUGGAUCCCCAGCAGGUGCUGCAGCUGUGUCUCCGGUACCAAGAUCAUCUUCACCAGUGUGCAGAAGCGGUUGCCUUUGAUCAGAACGCGCUCGUGAAGCGGAUCAAGGAGAUGGACCUCUCUGUGGAAACUCUUUAUAGCUUCAUGCAGGAGCGCCAGAAGAAGUACGCCAAGUAUGCGGAGCAGAUCCAGAAGGUCAACGAGAUGUCUGCCAUCCUCCGCCGGAUACAGAUGGGCAUCGACCAGACCAUCCCGCUGAUGGAGCGGCUGAACGGCAUGCUGCCAGAGAGCGAGAGGCUGGAGCCCUUCAGCAUGAAACCUGACCGGGAGCUGAAGUCCUAGUUGAUCCAGCAGGGCUCCCCCUCCUCACCUUCCGCUCUCCGGCCUUCAGCACGGACACGCUGCCGAGGGGCUGGGCUGGCAGAGGUGUGAAGCAGACGGCAGCGCUGCCCGACUCUCUGCCAGGGCAUGGGAAGGAAGAGCAGCCUCAGCUGCCAGAACUGCACAGCCAGGAACCCAGGAGCUCCCUGGUCUGGAGAAGAUGAUCUACCGUUCUUUCAUCUCCCUCCUCUUGCCCUCCUGUCUCCUUUGCCACCACCGCCCGUGCAGAGACACUUGUUUUCGUUGCUGUGACUAGUUUGGGGUUUACAAAGGAGGAGUUUUCUUUCGCAUGUUUUGUUUGGUUUUUUUUUACUUUUACUAGAAAAAUUCAAAGGGAUACAGGGUGUGACAAACCCUCUAACAUGGUUUUGGUGCCACUGGGGUGUAGACAAUUAGAUGGCUGGCAGGUAUUUUGGAGAUCCCCUGGCCUUAGAAAUAUGUGUGUUUUAUAGGUGAAAGAGCAAGAGCCAGGAAGUGGCUUACUAAAAUCUGCCUAUUAUCAUAAUUAACAUGGUUUGCAUGGCAGGGUUUUGGCAUUUCCUCCUCGAGGCUCCUGUUUUUAUGUGCUCACUAAUUUAUGAGGCUGUAAAGGAAUAACUGUUCCAGAUCUGUGUGUACGUUAACGUUCAGCAAGCCUUAGUGCUCCUCUCCCCCUGGCCCUGGCAAUGUCCCCGUGUCCCAGCCGGUGGCAUUUCGUGUCCUUCACCUUGCACAGGGAUUCCGACAGGCGCCGACACCGACCUGCUCGCUUUGCAUCCCCAAGCUGGAGGCAUGAGGUGGCUUUUUUUUUAUUUUUAUUGAGACACUCCAGCUAUCUUAGCGCUGUCCUUCUCUACCAGAGGGAUAAAGUUGUUUCUUUCAAGGGUAUGGAGUUGGAGGGGGGAGAUCAGAGAAGUCCUUUUAGGUCUUCUCCUUGGCUUAGCUGCUGUCAUGCCGAGAGCUUGCCUGAGCCUGGUGUUUUGUGACGGAAACCACGUGGCCCUUUGGGACCCUGCUCAGCGAGCUGCUCCAGAGGCAAGAGGAUGCUUUUCCCUUCUCCUGAGCCGAGGGCUCUGCUGGGAGGUGGGUACCGUGUCCGUGCUGCCCGGGUGUUGGGCUGGCCCACAGGAGAUGGCCACCGGUCUGCUGCCUGCAGGCGAUGCGCAGCACCUCCCUCAGCUUUGGUUUCUCCCCCUGUAAAACAAGAGGACGUUCUACACGCUGGUGUAAAAAUAUUUACAGAUCUAGAAAUAAGGUUUUAGCAGCCUGUGUCACCGUUGUGUGGCAGCUCUUGUCUGCAGCAGAAAGGGUGUGAAACCAGAAGGGAGGAGUUCACUGGGCCAAGGGGAGGCUUGUGUGUGUUUAUGUUGGUCCCGGGGUGCUGUUGCUGGCGAGGAGGCUGAAGUGUGCCCAUGAACCCCAAGGGUUUUGUACCUCAGGCCUGCAAUUCCAGUGGUGAGGACAGCUGUGUUUGAGGGAGUUCCACCUGACAGCUCAUCUGCCAGGACACCACCGGGCUAGGUGUCCUGCCAAAGGUGACUUGCUUCAGUACCUCUUAGUGCUUAAGAAUGCUUAAUCAGCAAAAGGCAGGUCUCUGAGCAUUCAAGAGUAGGAGCAUGGUAGGUUUUUGAUGGCAUUAAUUGCUGGCUGGUGGCAGAAAGCAACAGGCCACUCUCUUGUUGCAUUCCCAAAGGCCAUGGAGCAUAAACUUUGUGACACGGGCUGUGGCUGACGUAGCUGUGGAUCUGAUCCGUAGCGCCCAUCGGACCCCAGGGCCUGCUGAACAGUGUCUGAAAGCAGAGUCCCAUAGAGGUGAAGCCCCCUGGAGUGAUGCUCUGGGAAGAGGAUCUCGCGAGGAACUCGGCAGAUUUUUCUAGUAAAGGCAGCAGAGUGGGCCUGGUUGUCUACUGCUUCCACCCCAGGGUUGUUCCGUGGUUGUGUGCACAUAGGCCUCUGCUGUGUGUUGCAUGGGAUGUAAGAUCAGGCUUCAGUCCUUGCUCGUGCGUCCUGCAGUAUUUUACACUGGGUUUGUUAAAAGCUUCCACGAGACGUAACAACCCAUGAAGACCUGCUUGUCGUAGCCAUGCCCGUGGGGGUCCUCCUCCUUCAUCACCGAGUGUGUCUCUGCCUCCCCUCCUCAGACACACCAGAAUAUCCAGCAGCUUUAAAUAGCGGCUGCAGGCGUUCCUGUCCUCCUCCUCCAGAUGCUGCUGUCUGGAAGUUUAGGAUGUGCGACAUUCAGCCGUCUGCCAGGAGGGAUCAUGGAUAUCCCACACCCUGCCGUGCUGGAAGCCUAUACCGGUGGGAAGAUCCUGAUACUGGAUCUUGAGGCAGGGGUUAGGCUGCAGAUGCUCUCUUCUGGAAAGCUUCUGGACGUUUUGCCUCAUGCUAUUAAGUAUCAGAUCAAAGCGUUGCUCCUUGCAGUGCUAAUGAGGGCAGGCGAGUGUGUGUUCCCGUCUGAAAGCUGCAGGAGCAAGGGCUGCAAAUCAGUUCCAUCCUUAUUUGCCAUAAACCACCUAGACAUGGGGCUGAUAAUGGGAGAAAAUGCUUGUUCCAAUGAACACAUAAGCCUUAAAGCUUAUGAAUGUGCUGCUGGGCCUCCCAGACAGAGCUUUCUGAGCAGCAAGGGUAAGCUGUGAAAACCUUAGUAGCUUAACUAGAAAGAAAUCAGAGCUGAAACGUGAAGGCCGACCUCUUCCAAAGCAUCACCUUCAUCCCAUGGGUGAGAGUCUUGUGCAUGGGUACUCUAAGAUACCGUGCACCCUCUAGCUGUUCUCAAACGAUGGUUUACAGUUUUAAAUAAAACUUUGUCACUGGCUUCAUUAACUGUAAGUCUUUGGACCUCUCAGUGAGGGGAAGACAUUUCCUGCCACGUCUUCUGGAGCUGCUGUUCGUUGCGUGGCUGCUCCCCCUUGGCUUUGCUCUGCACGCUGCUUUCAGCUCCAUCUUGGAUGCAGGUGAUGCUCAAGGUGAGACUGUUGCUUUAUUCCCUUUCCCACUGUUUGGCAGAAGAUUUGAGAUGUGACUGGAAUUACCUUUCUGCUUAUGAAUUCCCUUUUCCAAGGCAAAUGCUGUUGGAGAAGGCCUCAGGUAUCUCUAACGAAUGUACUAGCCCUUACUUCUGCCACAAAAUUAGUGCUAUGAACAGAGAAUAAUCUGCUGUGCUCUGCUGAACACAAACCUUUCUGCCCUUUUCUUGGUGGUGUGUGGUCUGGGCUGCGGGCUCAGCUAUUUGAUGGACAACCUUCUGAAAAGCUGGAGAACAGGGUGAGUCUCUGGGGCUGUGGUUCCCUGCUGGCCCGAGCUGCUCUGGUUCUUCCCCUGCCUGCUCUUGUGACCUCCCCUUGGUGCUGCCGCUGGCGCUGGUUGCAUCCUACACUGGUCAACGUGCUCCACGUGCAGAAGAGGUUUGCUCUGUUGUUUCCGUUGUUCUGUAAUUUCAUACAUUGUCAGGGUGCUAAAGUGCCAACCUAUCUGCAGGGUGAUUUCUGUGAAGAUCCAGUGAAGGGGACAGAAGAGAGUUGUGGUGUUUUUUUUUUUUUUUAAAAACAAUAAAUCUGUAUUUUAAAUUAAAUAUAUUUAAAUAUAUUUAAAUAUUUAAAGUGUAUUUCCCCUCCUCUAAGCUUUUACAUGGAAAGAGUAGAAAUAACAUGUUUUUCCCAGGUCCACUCCCUGCAUGAGCCAGCCCCCUCUGGGACUGUGUGCCAGUGGUUUCCUGAGGUACUCUCCUAACAUCCCUCCUGUUCCCGAGCCACCAGGGUGUAUAUUUUGGUGAUGACCAGCCUGGUGGCUGAGCGCUCUCCUUGCUUUAUGGGUUAUUAUCCUGUUGGCAGAGCUGCUCUGCUUUCAGCUCCCUACGUGCUACGUGUCCCACAGCCCUGGCAUUAAAACGUUUGGUACCGCUCUUU